GACACAGAGUCCAGCGGGAUCCACACCCACCCUAAGCCUGAAGAUUGCUUCUGAGGUUGCCACCCGCAGCUGCUGACCCAAAGUGCACCCCAGUCAACUCCGAGGCGCCCACCUCUUGGGGGCUGGUAUGCAAAUUAGAUACGUCAGAUGGAGGAGGCGUGACACUCCAGGGUUGAGUGGCAGCGGCUCUAGGACAGAUGGGAGGGGGGAGAACCAGCUUGGUUCAGUGACUGAGACAAACUGGAGGUGAGAGGAGCUGGUGCUGUCCACGGAACUGCUGGUGCUGAACCACUGGACGCACUACCUUCUGGUGCUCCUGAGCCCCAGAGACAACGCCUUCGACCACCCCCUUGCACCUUGAGGACCCUAUCUCCCUAGUACACUCCGAUCAACUUGAUAAGGGAGAAAAUUGUAUCGAACCUGGGAGACUUCUCAGUUCAUCACCUGAACCCCGUUCAGGAGCUUCAUUGGGAAUUUCUAUAGUUUUCGACCAAACUGCUAUAAUCUUUUUUUUUUUCUCCAUCAGAUACGGUCCGUUGAUUUUUUUUCUUUUUAAAUUGUAUUUUAUAUAUGCACAACGAUUAGGUGCGACGACAACAAAAAUUUCCUUGAGGACUUUUAUUACUGUUAAUAUCAGGUGAAUACCAAUAAGGAUGAUUAAGUGCUGGUCAGCGAUUUUGUUUCUUGGAUUCAUUUUUCUGAGAGCAGAAGGAAGGCCAACGAAGGAAGGAGGAUAUGGCUUAAAAUCCUAUCAGCCACUAGUAAGAUUGAGACACAAGCAGGAAAAAAGCCAAGAAAGUUCAAGAAGCAAGGGGUAUCUCAAUCAGAAUGUUCCACUUGUAUCUUGUGAAAAUAAGUACUGUGGCUUGGGAAGACACUGUGUUAUUAGCAGAGAGACUGGACAAGCUGAGUGUGCUUGCAUGGAUUACUGCAAGCCUCACUACAAACCUGUGUGUGGGUCAGAUGGAGAAUUUUAUGAAAAUCACUGUGAAGUACACAGAGCUGCCUGCCUGAAAAAACAGAAGGUUACUAUAGUUCACAAUGAAGAUUGUUUCUUCAAAGGGGACAAGUGCAAAGCUACUGAAUUCAGCAAGAUGAAAAAUAGAUUCUUGGAUCUACAAAAUCAGAAGUAUAUUACACAAGAAAAUGAAAACCCACCUGAAGAUGAAAUUGUUCGGAAGAAGCUGCUGGUAGAUCAAAUUAAAUAUUUUGACCCUCUAGACAACAAUGGACUUGUAGACAGUAAUGAACUAUCUCAGGUAAUAAAACAGGAUGAACUUGGCAAGGAUCUGUCUGACUGUUCACUGUUUGAUCUGCUGAAAUAUGAUGACUUUAACUCGGACAAGCACCUAGCCCUUGAAGAAUUCUACAGAGCGUUCCAGGUUAUCCAGUUGAGUCUGCCUGAAGAUCAGAAACUGAGUAUCACAGCAGCAACAGUUGGACAGAGUGCUGUUCUAACCUGUGCCAUUCAGGGAGCCCUGAGACCUCCCAUCAUCUGGAAGCGUAACCACGUGGUUCUAAAUAGCUUAGAUUUGGAAGACAUCAAUGAUUUUGGAGAUGAUGGAUCCCUGUACAUUACUAAAGUUACCACCACACAUAUGGGGAAUUACACCUGCUAUGCAGAUGGCUAUGACAAACUAUACCAGACUCACAUCUUCCAAGUGAAUGUUCCGCCAGUCAUCCGUGUGUAUCCAGAGAGCCAGGCUAGAGAACCAGGUGUAACAGCUAGUCUCCGCUGCCAUGCAGAUGGCAUACCCAAACCACAGCUUGGUUGGCUGAAGAAUGGAAUCGACAUUACUCCAAAACUAUCUAAGCAGUUAACUCUUCAAGCAAAUGGCAGUGAAGUUCACAUCAGUAAUGUGCGCUAUGAAGAUACAGGAGCAUACACCUGUAUCGCCAAGAAUGAAGCAGGGGUAGAUGAAGACAUCUCAUCUCUAUUUGUAGAAGAUUCUGCUAGAAAGACACUUGCUAACAUAUUAUGGCGAGAAGAAGGUCUGGGAAUUGGGAACAUGUUCUAUGUUUUUUAUGAAGAUGGAAUCAAAGUGAUACAGCCGAUAGAAUGUGAAUUUCAGAGGCAUAUUAAGCCCAGCGAGAAACUCCUUGGAUUUCAGGAUGAAGUUUGUCCUCAAGCUGAGGGUGAUACAGUUCCGCGAUGUGUAUGGGCUUCUGCUGUUAAUGUCAAAGACAAGUUCAUUUAUGUAACUCAGCCUACUCUGGACCGAGUACUCAUCGUUGAUGUACAAUCCCAAAAAGUGGUGCAGGCAGUUAGCACAGACCCUGUCCCUGUGAAAUUGCACUAUGACAAAUCACAUGAUCAAGUAUGGGUGCUUAGCUGGGGAAGCCUGGAAAAGACCUCACCAACACUACAGGUAAUAACACAGGCCAGUGGCAGUGUUUCUCACCACACAAUUCACACCCAGCCAGUUGGGAAGCAAUUUGACAGAGUGGAUGACUUUUUCAUUCCUUCUACAACUCUCAUCAUCACCCAUAUGAGGUUUGGAUUCAUUCUUCACAAAGAUGAAGCUGUACUCCAGAAAAUUGAUCUGGAAACUCUGUCAUAUAUAAAGACAAUUAGCUUAAAGGACUACAACUGUAUUCCUCAAUCUCUGGCUUACACUCACCUUGGAGGAUACUAUUUUAUCAGUUGCAGCCCAGACAGUACUGGGGCUAUUCCACCCCAGCUCAUGGUGGACAGUGUAACAGACUCAGUCAUUGGAUACAAUGGUGAUGUUAUGGGUACCCCAUAUGUUUCUCCAGAUGGACACUAUCUUGUAAGCAUUGAUGAUGUGAAAGGCCUUAUGAGGGUCCAAUACAUUACCAUCAGAGGAGAAAUCCAGGAUGCAUUUGAUAUUCACACUAACCUCCAUAUAUCUGAUGUGGCCUUCCAGCCCUCUUUUACUGAAGCCCACCAAUACAAUGUCUAUGGCAGCUCAGGCAUGCAAACAGAUGUGCUCUUUGUAGAACUUGCCUCUGGAAAGGUUAAGAUGAUCAAGAGCCUCAAGGAGCCUUUAAAGGCAGAAGAAUGGCCUUGGAACCGAAAAAACAGGUUAAUCAAGGACAGUGGGCUCUUUGGCCAAUACCUGAUGACACCAUCCAAGGAAUCCCUAUUUAUCUUAGAUGGACGCCUCAAUAAGUUAAACUGUGAGAUAACUGAAGUAGAGAAAGGAAACACAGUCAUUUGGGUAGGAGAUGCCUAAAGAACCAAGCUAGAUAACUACUGAAUGAAUAGUUUUAUAGUACAUUGCACUUAACUCCAUUCUUUCAAUUUAUGGUUUUUCUUUGGAAGUUUAUAUUCUAACCUGGUAUAACUUAGAUGAUUUGCUGGCCCAGUGGAAUGUGGAUUUUAAUAUGGCAAAGCUACAAAAAUGUCUUUGAAGACAUAUUGAUUGCAAUCAACAUUAGAAAUAGUGGAGAAUUGUCCAACUUUUGCAAGUUCCAUAGUUAUACUAUAAACUAAUGAUCUCAGAGAAUUUUCAAGAAUAAGUAGAAAACUAUAUCAAAACUACAAAAAUUUCCAGUAACUUAAGCUACAUUACAUCUUAAGAGAGAUUGAGGUUUUUUUAUUAUUAUUUUUGUUUUUGUUUUUUACCUCUUUCAGUUCACUUCAAAUCACAAAUAAAGGUAUGUGCAACCUUAGAAUUCUGAAAUGAAAACAUUCUGUCCUGUCCACUGUUUAUAAUCUUUUUGUGCCUUGAAGGGAAUGUCUCAUGAGGAAAGGGAAGAAUAGAAGUAUGAUAAUUUAGUCUCAUGUGGCUUUAAAUGGAUGAUCCUAGGAAAGAAAAAAAAAACAAAAAACAUUUAGUCCCUCUUAAGCCAAAUCUUGCCUUCAGUCAUUUGUUUGACCCUUGGUGAAAGACUCUUUGAAGGCAUAAGUUGGCCCUGGGAUGUGUGUAGGUAACAAAAGGUAGAAUUUGAAGUGGAAUGUACCACAUAGCAUGGAGGGGAGGUAAAACAAAGUGGGAUGUGGGAAAAAUGCUUGCAGUGUCUUCUGUACUCAAAAUGUUUCUAAUCUCUAGAGUAUGGGUAUAUUUUUAUUGCAGGUUUUGUUUGGUAUGUCACCUGCUUACAUACAGACCUUUUCCUUCAUCAGUAGCCAGUAGAUCAUCAUUUCUUCCUUUCCAGAUAGCCCAGGGUUUGGAUUAUAUGCAUUUGCUUAGAUAAAACUGUAUAUCAUGAAAUUAACACCAGUAUGUAUGAGCUGGCUAGAAAGCUGAUUUUGUAUUAGGCAUUAGACAACUUAAAAAUACAAUUCAGAGAACAAAAUUGUUAUCCCAUAUAUCAGUCAUCUAAAGUAGUGAAUAUCCAUUGCCUUUGAUAUUUUACCUGUAUUUUCUCAAAGAUUGUCUUUGGUUUGUUUUUUUUUGUUUGUUUGUUUUUUUGUUUCGUUUUAUUUUGCUUUAUCAUUGGCUUAGCCUGUUCUUCCCCUACACAAUUUAUAACUGCUCAAUCAAUAGACUCUCUCCCUUUAAUUGAAAAGCUAGAAACUCCUUUUCUUUAGGGCAAUAGAUGGAGACUAUUAUACUCUUUAUUUCACUACUCUCCAUUCUUUUGUAUUCUCUCUGUCACUAUAUCUCUCUUCCCCUUCUUCUUUAUUUUUUCACUCUAUUUUUUCACUCUUUGUCUCUCUGUUUCUCUCUCUCAAUGGUCAAUAUAGUCUCUCAAUCUAUCUCUGCCACUGUUUCUGUCACUCACUAUCAGUUUCUAUCAUUUUCUGUCUGUCUCUGUCUCCCUCUCAGUAAAACAGAGGGCUGAUUUAUUAUAAUAAUGUCCUUAUUUACCAUAAUUGCAUACAUAUUUAGGAAGUUUGUUUUUUUUCCUUUAUACUUCGAUAAAGAAUGUAUAUGGGCUAUUGGAAUGACCUACAUUUAGUAAAGGCAACCAGGAAAGGUCUUUUUUAAAUACAAAUUUUAAUCUGGUUUAGAUUGUGUAAAAAUGCUUAGAAAACUGAAAUUUUAUAGCGUGUAAUCUCUUGUGUGUAUAUAGUAUCCUGAGCUACGUGGUACAAUAGAUCUCUCUUUAGCUUGAGGAAACUUCCUGGGAGAUAGAUUUAACAAACAACAACAAUCUGCUUAUGUUUCUAGUUACUGAAUCUGCUUUCCCUUUUAACAGUUUCUCCCAUUGUGAACAUGAACCAUGUAAGCUGUUAUUUAAUGAUUUACAGUAGGUCUGUCUCAUACACUCUUCUUCUGUAACUUACAACAUGUGGAUGUUCUGUCUGUAGAAAAAAACCUGCUUGAUAAAAGGAGAAUAAACAAACCCCUUACAUUUUAAA